AUGUCAGUGAUAACAUCGGAGAUAAGUCAGAUAGACACGGUCAAAGUAGAUGCAAGAUGGGUCGAUGAAUUACUUGUAGCGAGAGAGGGCGACGACCUUCCCGAACGUGCGCGUGCGAAAAUACAAGCUCAGAGGAGUGCUUUGAGGUAUACGAGGGUGGAAACACUAAGGAAAACGAGGAGCACGAAAAUCACACCAGGAAGACGCAAAGAAGACUUGCAUGAGCUGCACAACGAGAUACUCACAUCAAAUUUAUCCUUACCAGUUGUCAUCGGUCCUACCUCUUUCCAUUGUUCUUCAUCUAUGUCAAUCUCUGACGAUUCCAGUCUCGUAUACGGCGGGGGAGGAUUGGACAUGGCAGUCAAGGAAGAAGUAUGUUGGCCAUCGAUAGCGGUUUUUGAGAGGCAAGGCAAGGCAUAUGAUUUAUCCGAACAUGAUGUAAAGAGAAUAUGA